CCUGAAAAGGCGGGAACCAACCGACUUGGGAGUUACUUAGGACCAUAACGUAACCAACUCCUCUCUCCCCUCUCUCGUGUCUGUGACAAGCUUCCACCUGUGCCUCCAUUCCUCCCUUCAUUUCUCCACCCUUUGGACCACCGUUUCUCCGCCAUUUCUUCGCAUCAACAAUAAUAGGAAAUGUCAAAAAAAGAGAGAAAAUUUCUGCUUUUACUCUCUCAAUCACUAAUUAGUUCCACUCACAGAUAUCUCCCUUUCUCUUGUUUGCUGCCUUGAAAAUUUUCUACAACUUUUCCCACUGAAUCCACCACCAUAACAGAAGGAAAAAACGCUAACCAAGCAUUUCGAAGAGUUUGUGAGGGAGAAACAGAAGGAAAGAAGAAAAACUCAUUAAGAUAAAAAGGCCAACAGCCACCACUCAGGGACAAACAGUCACCCACUGAGAGUGAGAUGGAGAUCGGAGGUGUUUGGUUUCGGUUUUGAAUUCAGAAGAUAAUUUUCGUGUCAAAAGAAACCGUUUUUCCAUUCUAAUUUCUUAUUCAAGCUCUCUUUUUUUAAUUGUUUAUUCUUUUAUCUUUUGAAUUUUUUGGUUUGAUAAAAAUUCUGUACCGUUUGGACAAUGUUCACUGCUGUUGCUUCCAGUUUCUAUUGAAAUCGGUUGAGAUCACGGAAAGUUUCACAUUUACAUGUUAUAGAAAUUAGAAUCUGCUCAUUUCUUCCUUUUUCUUAAAUUUUUUUUAAAAAAUUAUCGUUUCUACCUGUGUUGCUCUGUUUCCUCGGUACCUCUUUUGUUCGUGAAAUUUAAUCAUAUCCUCUUUCUUUUCCCAUAAAUUGAAGUGAUUUUGGUUUAUCUGCGUUUGGAUUAUUAAAAAACCAAAAGGAAAAAAAAAUGGAGUCUAAGCAUAUAAUGAUGUCAGCAUUGAGUGUGGGAAUAGGAGUAGGGAUAGGAUUGGCCUCUGGACAGACUGUUAGCAAGUGGACCGGUGGUGGCUCCUCUUCCAACGGCCUCACCCCACAGGUUAUGGAGAAAGAGAUGAUGAAUGUUUUGGUUGAUGGCAAAGAUAGCAAAGUCACCUUUGAUCAAUUCCCUUACUAUCUUAGUGAGCAGACAAGAGUUUUGCUAACAAGUGCAGCCUUUUUUCAUUUGAAGAAAGCUGAAUUUCAUAAACACGCAAGGAAUCUUUCUCCUGCAAGUCGUAGAAUAUUGCUUUCGGGACCUGCUGAAACUUACCAGCAGAUGCUUGCGAAGGCUUUGGCUCAUUACUUUGAGGCCAAGUUGUUGCUAUUAGACGUAACCGACUUCUCUCUCAAGAUUCAGAGCAAAUACGGGUGCACCAGUAAGGAAACUUCUUUCAAAAGGUCUAUAUCUGAAGCGACUUUGGGCCGAGUAUCUGAUUUGUUUGGAUCAUUUUCAAUACUUCAACCCAAGGAAGAAUACAAAGGAACGUUACGUAGACAGAGCAGCGGGGUAGAUAUUGAAUCAAAGGGAACCGAAGGGUCACUUAAUGUUCCAAAAUUGCGUAGAAAUGCAUCUGCUUCUGCUAACAUGAGUAGUCUUACUUCAAAUACAUCAUCUGUGAUACCAGCUCCUCUCAAGCGGACAAGCGGUUGGUCUUUUGAUGAUAAACUUCUUAUACAGACACUAUACAAGGUGUUGGCCAAAGUCUCAAAGAGCCAUCCUAUCAUCCUCUAUCUCAGGGAUGUGGAGAUGCUGCUUUGUAGGUCAGAAAGAGUGUAUGUCUUGUUCCAGAAAAUGUUGAAAAGAUUGAGUGGAUCAGUGUUGAUCAUUGGUUCAAGAAUUGUAGAUGCUAGUAGUGACUAUAGAGAAUUGGAUGAAAGGCUUUCUUCUGUAUUCCCUUACAAUAUUGAAAUUAAAGCCCCAGAGGAUGAAACACAUCUUGUAAAUUGGAAUUCCCAGCUGGAGGAGGAUAUGAAAAUGAUCCAAUACCAAGAUACUAAGAACCACAUUGUUGAAGUACUUGCAGCUAAUGACAUUAUGUGUGAUGAUCUUGGUUCACUUCGGAUGGCAGACACAAUGGUCCUCAGUAAUUAUGUAGAAGAAAUUGUGGUAUCAGCAAUCUCUUACCAUCUCAUGCAUACCAAAGAUCCUGAGUACAGAAAUGGAAAACUUGUUAUUUCUUCUUCGAGUUUGUCCCAUGGAUCGAGCAUAUUUCAGGAAGGUAAAUCUGCUGGAAAGGACACUUUAAAGCUUGAAGCCCAAGCUGAAAUGCCAAAGAAUGGAGGGGGUGUCAAUGCAAUUGCAGAAGCAAAGCCCGGAAGCAAAACUGAUACUGAAGCAACAGUUACAACUGCAAAGGAUGGUGAUGCUUCGGACUCAGCUUCUAAAGCUCCAGAAGUUCCUCCUGACAAUGAAUUUGAAAAGCGCAUAAGGCCAGAAGUGAUACCUGCAAGUGAAAUAAAUGUGACAUUUGAGGACAUUGGUGCCUUGGAAGAAAUUAAACGAUCUCUUCAAGAAUUAGUGAUGCUCCCUCUCAGACGGCCUGACCUUUUUAAGGGUGGCAUCUUAAAGCCAUGCAGAGGAAUAUUGUUGUUUGGACCCCCUGGUACAGGAAAGACUAUGUUGGCCAAGGCCAUUGCCAGGGAAGCCGGAGCAAGCUUUAUUAAUGCCUCCAUGUCUACCAUUACAUCCAAAUGGUUUGGUGAAGAUGAGAAGAAUGUUAGGGCCUUGUUCACUCUUGCAGCUAAGGUUUCUCCAACUAUAAUAUUUGUGGAUGAAGUUGAUAGCAUGCUUGGACAGCGAUCAAGAGCUGGGGAACAUGAAGCCAUGCGGAAAAUAAAAAAUGAGUUCAUGACCCAUUGGGAUGGAUUAAUGACAAAAUCAGGUGAGAGAAUUCUUGUUCUUGCUGCAACAAACAGGCCAUUUGAUCUGGAUGAAGCAAUCAUUAGACGUUUUGAGAGAAGGAUCAUGGUUGGUCUACCAUCUGUGGAGAAUAGAGAAAUGAUACUAAAAACUCUCCUCUCGAAGGAGUGUGUUGAUGAAAGCUUAGAUUUCAAGGAGCUUGCAGCCAUGACAGAAGGAUACAGCGGAAGUGAUCUAAAGAACUUCUGCACAACUGCUGCUUAUCGGCCAGUAAGAGAGUUAAUACACCAGGAAUGCCUAAAGAACCUGGAGAAGAAGCUUGGAGAGGAACAACGUGUAAAUUGCGAAGGCGCUACCUCUACAGAAGAAGGUAAAGAAGAAAGGGUAAUUACUAUCAGGCCGUUGAACAUGGAAGAUUUCAAGGAAGCUAAAAACCAGGUUGCCGCUAGCUUUGCAGCCGAGGGACCCAUAAUGACAGAGCUGAGGCAAUGGAAUGAAUUGUACGGGGAAGGUGGUUCAAGGAAGACAACAGAGCAAUUAUCGUACUUCUUGUAGGCAUAGACACGGAGUUGGUUACUCAAGCAUGCUAAUUUAUGGUGCAAAGGCGUAACCAAUCUAGAUGUGAAAGGUGUGAGUUUGAGGAUGGCUGCAAAGCUGCUGAAUAAGAUAAAGUUAGCUCUUUUAAUUUGCUAGAAAGCAGCAUUGUAAUCACUCGAGUGAGUCAAUAUUUAGAUAGUUUGCCUAGUUAGACAACAGUUCUGUGGAACUGAUUAAGGUUAUUACAUGGCAUGCUUCGGAGGAAAUUAAACAGUUAUUACACAAGCUAUAUAAAAUGUUUUGUAACUGAUAAUUACUCA